CGAAUUGUCAUUUUAUUCAAUACACAGCAAAGCUUAGUCGCUUUCUAAAAAUUAAUAAAUUUUUAGUUAUUUGUGUUCAAUUCGUUAAAUAUUAUUAGUAAGUGAAACAACCAGAAACAAAUGAGCAAUUUCAAAACGGCCCGCUUAACAGACGAAGAGGCCCUGACCUCCCCGUCGUCAGACGAGAAGAUGGACACCGGCUCGGACUCCUUCCGGUCCCAGGACACGCCCAAUUCAGUCCACUCCUCAGAUUUCGAAGAAUGCCAAGACAACGUGCUGAGACUCCAGAACCCGGAGGUUUUAAGACUCGCCGAUCCAGAAAACAACAAAAAAGAUGAUAGCUUAAUUACAAAAAUGUCCAAUUUGAACAUAGAUUCCCCUAGAAAUCUGGGUAUUAGCCCGCCUAGGUUUAGCUCAACUCUAACGCUAACAACUAACCAUCCUUUGAUGGGCCUGAACAGUCCAGAUUAUCCAGAUUUAAUACCGAAGAAGGUUCACAAAAUUGAUGAGGAAAAAGAUCUGAGUUUGUCCAGCAUUGAAGGCGAAAGACCAGCUGAAAGUAACGGCUUUUAUAGUACGCAAAAGAAUACUUCAAAAAAUAAUUUGUAUAUCAGUGAGAAUUAUGUCACAGCUGAUAGUCAAGUGAUGGAUACGUCUGAUGUCAAACGCGAUAGGAGGAAGAUUAGUAUAGAUGAUACGCCUCCGAAGAGAGUGAGAGAUGGUGCGGUGCUGAAGUAUAUUGAGAGGAAGAGAAGGGAGGGGGGGCAGAGUACGCCUAAAAGUGGGGCGGUGGAUGUUCCUGUGACAGAUGAGCUGCAUUCUAGGGUAGCGGAAUGGUGUGAGUCGCCCUCCCAUCUCCGGAUUUUGCCCAACUUCGAGCUGCCUAUAGAAAUGUCUAGCAGUCUAGGCGUUCACAACGAGCUAGACUCCCCAGACCUGAUAUCGUCGUCCACGCAGGAGGACAGGUCGGCGUAUCAGGCCCUGUUAGACCCGUACACCGGCAGCGUGGCGCUCCGCCCCAGGCCGCAGCGGAGCCCCGCCAACACCCGGCGGAAAAUACAACUGCCUCCUGAAGAAGACCAGUGCAGUUUGGACAGUGUCAGCGGCUGCUCGAUGGAUUCCGACGGGGAGGACCAGGGUGUGCAUGGUGAUCUGCCUCGGACCCAGCCCGGCGAUGUGGUCAGCGACGAUGAUGACACUAAGAGGUCCAAAUCUUCGAAUACCCUGAGCUCAUGCAGUGAGCCCAUACCUGAAUACUCUGCUGCGGAGGAGCUGACCAAUGAGAGGAGUUUCGUGACGGUGCCGAGAGGUGGCGCUCUGCACACUUGCGAUAUGAAGGUGAUAGAGCCGUACAAGCGCGUGAUAUCUCACGGCGGGUACGCGGGCCGCGCCGCCGUCAUCGUGUUCGGCGCGUGCCACCUGCCCGACAACGCCCGCACCGACUACAGAUACGUUAUGGACAAUCUGUUUCUCUACGUAAUCUGGACUCUGGAGCGCCUGGUGACAGACGAGUACAUCCUGGUGUACCUCCACGGCAGCGCCGGCAGCAGGAAGAUGCCCACCUUCCACUGGCUCCACGAGUGCUACAAGCUGGUGGAUAGGAGAUUGCGGAAAAGUCUAAAACACCUGUAUUUGGUACAUCCGACGUUUUGGCUGAAAUCUUUUGUGUUGUUGACCAAGCCGUUUGUAAGCUCAAAAUUCUUCCGCAAGCUGAGCUACGUACGUACACUUGAAGAAUUAUACACGCUGGUACCCGUCGAGCCCAACGCCAUACCGGACGUGGUGAAGCUGUUCGACGAGAAACGACGAUAGAUGGCGCUGUCAGGCGGAAGUUUGCGAUUUCCCGCCGUCAAAGAUGGCGGCGGUAAAGUUUACCGACGUAUUGUAGAGGUGGCGCGGCGCUGGUAGGUUGCAGAGUUUGUUGUUUUCACUUGAAAACGGAUGUAGUAAAAGUUUAUAGUGAUUCGUCGGUAUGUUAUAGUCGGUAAUGAUCCGGAGUUUACUUAAUUCACCGAGAGAUGGCGCUGUCCGUCGUCAGUUUAAAAAGCUGUUUGCUAGCGUCGAACACAGAUGGCGGUAGUAAUGACGCCGAUAUAUGAGAUAUUUACCAACGCUGAUAAGAGAUGGCGCCAGUGAAUACAGUUUAUGUUAAUAAGAGAUAGAUGGCGGUAACGGGUUGAGUUUAACACAAUCUUCGGUAGAUGGCGCUAUUAUUUUUGUAUUUGAUUGUCAAUAUGCGGCGAGGGUAUGACAAGUUCAACAGCCGACAUCACUGAAAUUAACUUGUAUGUUCCUUAAAAAGUGGGAAGGGUGCCCAAAAGAGAAAAUCCCGGAAUUCCCGCGGGAACACGAGAGAAUGGGGUUUCUUGUUCAACGCGUUAUCGAAAUUAUCAAUGGGGACUAAAUAUAUGUGGAAGUUUUGAAAAAGUCGUAAUAAGCUUUAAGUAUUCAACAAUAAUGUUCAAAAUAUCUGAAAAUGGCCCCCUUAAAUAAGCAUUUAAUGAAGCUUUAAAUCGUAAUUAGUAUAUUAAUUUGUGUAUUUUGAAUUCGCUAAAAUUAAUUGUGCAUCUCAUCUAGUGAAAUUAUAUAGUCUUAUCAUCGUAUCAGUAAUUUCAUAUCAUUGAAAGAAUCUCAGUAAUUAAAUGUUAAAAGUAUUAAUACGAAGAUAUUUUUGUCCGAGGAUUUAUAAGCAUGUUAUAUAACAUGAUUUUAUUGCGCAUGCGAGAAAAAAAAAACAAUAAAUAAUCAUAUUUUACAUUCAUUCUAAGUAUUACUGAAUCAUUUUAACAAAUAAAAAGAGUAAUAAUUAUUAAUAAUAACUUUAACUGUCAGCAAAUAUAAGUAAUAAAUAAUAGAUUAAAAAGCAUUUUAGACAAACGGUGCUAUUUUUAUGUUUCCGCUUACAAAAUACAAGAUUACUUCACACAUUUGCAUAUUUAAUAACACCCUGUGAUAGGCAUAACAUGAGCAAUACAAUGACACUAAUAUUAUUGUAGUUUUUACGCACCCUGUAUAUUACGUAGUAUAAGAACUUAUUGUAGCACGUACCAAAAUUGACAUUCAGACUUAUAUUAUUAAUGAGGAAGUGAGUUUGUUUGUUUGUUACCUCUGAACGCGUUAUCUACUGAAUUAAUCUUCGUGAAAUAUCACGUACAUAUAUAUAAUUGAGAGUCUGGAGAAGGACAUAGGGUACCUUUUAUCGCGGUAAAAACUAGUUCCCGUGGGCAAAGACAUACAAUCACAUCUAUUUCCCUUGCGGGGUAGACAGAACCAGUAGUCCUGAAAAGACUGAUGGUCCACGUUCAGCUGUUUAACAUAAUGAUUUGAAAUUUAAGAAUUAAUGUAGAAGAAUUGAGAUUCAAAUAGUGACAAGUUGCCAGCCCAUCACCUAACAGAGGUAUCCCAAGUUUAUAAGCCCAUCCCUUAGUUGCCAUUCCCGUGGGAAGUGCGAAAAACCUAUAUUCUUUUUGUAGAUGGCGCUAAAUUCGCGCGGGCGAAGAUAAGGGUAACAGCUGACAGGAUUAUAAUCUGUUAAAGCAUUUAUUGCGAUACAUUUUGUUUAAUUUCUCAUCGUGGAUACAAUGUUUUACAAAAUGUGGUAAAAAAUCACAAAAUGAUUGUAACUAAUACAGAUACCAAAACAUUCAAAAAACGGCAUUUUCUUCGUCAUUAAUUUACUAAGAAAGUUGCAAUAUUGAAUUCUGAUUUAAUAUAACUCUUAACUUUUUUUAAUACAACUUCCCUUUAUAUAGCAUUGGGACCAGUGGAUGUAUUGACGAAAGUUUUCAAGGCAAAUAUAUCUUGUAUCUCGUACUAACUUUGUGGUUUAGAAAGAGAGGGUAGCUAAAACAUAUAAACCUUGUUAAAUAUAUAUCUGGAUUAUAAAUACAUAUAUGUUGUAAUUUUGUAUAUAAAUAACUGAUUUGAAUGAUAUCAAAAAGAAUCUGAAAACGUCUCCCAUGAAAAUUGAACACUGCAUUUGGUCAUAAAUUUAAAUAAAUCCCAACAAUCACACUAAUAUUAUAAAUGCGAAAGUUUUUAAGGAUGUGUGUGUGUUUGUUACUUUUACACGCAAAAACUACUGAAUUGAAUUAUAGUGAAGAGUUGUUACAUUUAUAAUUUUGGCCUUUUUUUGGAUAUAAUGAUUUGUUUAAAAUAUAAAUGAGGUAGCAAUGCGCCGUUGAAAAAAAUGAAUAUGCUCUAAACCUGAAUUAACACAGGAUAAUCUUUACGCUGAAAUUCAGGACGGGAGACGGUGGAAAUGAUUUUUACUAUAUAAAAAAUGCAGACUGCACAUAGAUCAACUUAAAUGCCGGCAUUAUAUCGCAGUGGCUUUUAAUAACUUCAAUCUAUACUAAUAUUAUAAAGCUGAAGAGUUUGUUUGUUUGAACGCGCUAAUCUCAGCAACAAUUGGUCCGAAUUGAAAAAUUAUUUUUGCAUCGAAUAGACCAUUUAUCGAGGGAGGCUUUAGGCUAUAUAACAUCAUGCUGCAACUAUAAGGAGCAAAGAAAUAAUGAAAAAUGUGAAAAAAAAAACGGGGAAAAUUAUUCAUCCUUAAGGGCUGUAAUGAUGCCCAUAAUAACUUUUCCACGUGGACGAAGUCGCGGGCACAGCUAGUGUGUUAUAAAAUUAAUAUGGAAUGGAGAGAAUGAUGUAAAAUAGAGAUAAUUUGUGUUUCAUUUAAUUUACUGUAUUUUAUAAAUAAAGUUUAAUUUUAACUAUAUAAGUAAAAACAACGAAAUGUAUUUUCAAUGUAUAAUUUAAUCUAAGGCCAGUAUUACGUACCUUUAUAAGAAAAACAUUCCUAUUAUUGUUUUAACCGACUUCAAAAAAAGAGGAGGUUCUCAAAUGGACCGUCUUUCAUUAGAUAAUUAAGUAUAUUUUUUGCCAUAGUUUAAAACUUUUUUUUUAAAUAGUAAUUUUUUUUUAAUUGAGUAAUUUUGUUUGCUAUGUAUUUGUCUACUAUAAUUAUGACAUAUAAAAAAUAGUAUAUCUGCAGUAAAAGCUGGAUCUAUUUUAUAUUAUUUGAAUCUCAAUUGUAAUAAAAUGAUAUUUUUUGAAACCUUUAGGCAAAUAUGAAUAUUAUGUAAAAAAUUUAGACAAAUAUAAAUUUAAUCAGCACUAUAUUUACAUACUAGUUAAUAACAAUUUAUAAUUGGUAUUAAAAUUUUAAAUAAUAGUAACAUAAAAUUUAAACUUUACAUAUUUUUUCAGACCUAUCGAUGAUUUUCAUAAAAACUCAUGAGUUAUUAAUCAAUAUUUUGUUUAUUUUAUAGUUUUUGAGAACGUAAAUGAUAAAAAAAUAUCCUUGAUCAUAAACCCCCUUAUUUUUAGAACUUUUAAUAUAAAUAACUAUACAUUUACCUACACUGUAUAAGAUCCAUGUAAAUUCAGUACAAAUAUUUUAGGGAUCGAUUCAGUCAGGUAAACUGAAUUAAAUUCUAAAAAUAUAUCAAUUAUCCUCAUUUAUUUUUGCAAUGAGAUAAUAAAAUGCGUAACUGAAUUCAAUGUGAAACAAUCUCUAAAAAUAUAUUUGAAGUUUUAGAACACCACGCCAUAUUUUUUAAUUUAUAUGAAGUACAAGAUAAAGCUAUUGCACUUAAUAGCAACAUAUGUUUUUUUGUAUUGUUUAGUAUUUUUUUGUAUAUUAUAAUUUUAAAAAUAUAUUUGAUAAGUAGAUAAUUGUAUAUUGUUAAAUAAACGAACUUAUGAAUAUAUAUAUAGAAAGAAAACGUAGGUGUGUGUGUGUUAGUGUGUGUUGAAGUAUUAGAUGUAGAGAUUGUAUUGAGAAUUGUGUUAAAAGAAACGAUUAGUAUUGAUCAAUGCCGAUUUAAGAGUCUAUAUCUCUUUCUAGAAAUAUGACAGUCGCAAAUAAAAAAAAUAAUCAAAAAUUGUUAGCAUAAACAGCAAGGAUGGGAAAAAAAAUCAAAAAUCUUAUUUUCACGAAAUAUUUUGAGCAUUAAUAUUUUUUUUAAAAAGAUGAUUACAGAAAAUUAAAUUAUGAAACUAAUGCAUACGUCUUAUCUUUUGUGGUUUAAAAACCAAAAAUGUAUGUAUAGAAUUUUAAAUCGGCACGAUAUAGUUGGUGAGGUCCCGGGGUUUUGUCUGAUAUAGUUGAAGUUGUUUUGUUAACUCGUUUGUAACUCUCACUAUUGUUUGCAGACUGAAUUGUGUUAUUUUUGUAUGUUGUCAUAUUGAACUGGAAUUACAC